AUGCAAAAACUCAACACCUACGAGGCAACUCCUUGGGUAGCGGGAUACCAAUGCUGCAUCGUAAUCUAUACUUUCAUAAGCUUUGGACUGAUUUUGGUUUCGGUGUUCAAUCAAUCAAUACUUAUGGACUCUGCACCAUAAUUUUACUCAGAUUGGGAUAACAAGUUUAUAGAAGACUUAAAGAUCCAAACCUCCUGUGCUGAAGGCUACGUGAAUCUGUUAAAUUUCACAUGGCCUGGUACUGAACUUGGAUGUGAUUGUACAUAAUCAAAUGGAACAGGAAAUUACAAAUAUACAAAGUAAAAAAAAAAUAAAAAUAAAGUUAUUAUUAUAUGGAAUGCAGCGAGUUUAUGCUAGCUGAAAAUUGCCAACCUGUAGAACCUAUAUAUGAAAAGUAAUUUUAGCAUUGGCCUCUUAUUGAUCAAACUUCAGUUAAAUGUGAUUUAUUUUGAUUUAUCUUAAGCUUUCAAACUGUGUGCGAAGGAGAGCUCUAUUUCUGCAAUUGAUGGCUUUUAAAUUGGUGAGGCUAGCGAUGGAUACAAAAAAUGUGGUAAUGUUUUCCAAGUUCCAUCAAAUGAAUCAUGCCCAAUUAGUGAUUUCACUAUUUCGACAGGUUCAGAUGGAGAAGCUAUCGGAACUACAGGACUCUAUUUGAAAAUUUAAAGAGUUCAAUAAGACUAAUUGCCAUUAACAGGAUUUACGAUAGGAUUUAAUUCUAUAUGCUACUCAAUAUCAGACAUAUAUUAGUUUUAGUACUUGGACAAGAUGAUCAACUACCAUUGCUAUGACAACGAUGAGAGAUACGUACGAGUGACUAAUGACAUGCCUUACGAUGACUUAUUAAUGGUGAACGAAGCAUAGGAUGAGUACAAACAAUUAUAUAAAAAUGGUGUUGUCGAAAGCAGAAAUGUAAACCUGUUUUACAAGUACCUUACUUAAUUUUAUUACAACUCAUCGGAAUUGUGUUAGGCUGAGGAUCUAGAAUUUAUUCACGAUUUGAACAAUUACAUAAAGGACAAUGUAAUGGAUGUUUAGUUGGCUGCAUAAGUGAUUGUAGGAAUUCAAGCAGGAGUGUUUGGAUUCUUAAUACCAUUGGUAUCAGCGAUAUCUUUAGUGGGAUGCAACUUUAAAUAUGCAGGUUUGAACAGAAAAAGUUCGCUUUAUAAGGACUUGUUUGGAUUUUGGUUGGGAGUCAAGAUGAUAGGUGAGAUCCUGUGCACGAUCAUCUUGGCAGCUGAUAUGGGAUACUAAUAAUCAAUGAUGAACCACUUCUACGAUUUCAUUAAUGCUGACUGUUCUGAUAAGUUCUCUUUACAGGAGAUGAGUGAUUUCUACAACGAGUACGAGAUCAAGGUUUAUAACUAUGUGCUAUUAAACUUCAUUCUCUGCAUCAUUACGAAUGUCAUUGACUUUUAUGCCACUUAUCUUAUGUGCAGAGACAAGCACAAGGAAGGCAAUUUCCUUAAGACCACGAGUGACAAUUCUCACCUGAAGAAUUUCACUUCUACUCAUCCUGAUGAAUUGCUCAACAGAACAAAGGUGCAACCGCAAUCUGAAAUCAAGCAAUAGCAUUCGUAUCAAUAGAAAAGACAGUUCGAUGAUGUUGAAAUACCAGGAGAUGACAUGCCUAAACCACAUAAGCCUGAAAAUUGAACAUAAUCAUAUAAUUUUAUUCAAGUAUCAUAUUUUUCUA